AUGCACUUAUCAAGGGCCUUGAGGGUCCAUGUUGGCCUCUGUGUGCUGUUGGUUUCUUUGGCCAUUGCCGAAGAAGUCAAAGAAAAGGAAAAUGUUGCUGACAUCAAGGCAGAAGAAGCACAACAAGUAGAUCUGCAAGUUGCCGAGACUGGUUAUGGUGGAGGAUACGGAAAAAAACACAAUUAUGGUCAUGGUUACGGCCAUUAUGGAGGCGAUUAUCAUCAUGGUGGAAAAGAUUAUAAAAAUCACGAUGAUUAUGGAGGUAAGCACAAAUACGACAAGGGAGGGCAUUAUUAUGAUAAAUAUGGUAAAGACAAACACGGAUAUUAUGGACAUGGCGAAAAGCACGGAAAAAAGUACGGUAGCGACCAAUAUGGCGGCAAUGGUAAAAAAGGAGGUCAUUAUGGAGACGACUAUUAUAAGGCCUACGGACAUAAAAAACAUGGUAACAAGAAUGUGUACCACAAGGAAGAAUACAAGGAUGACAAAUCAUAUUAUGAUGAUUUCCAUGACAAAGACUAUGGAAAGAAGUAUAAAGACUACCAUGACUAUUAUGACCACCAUGCUGGCAAACACUAUAAGAAAUAUGACAACAAGAAAUAUCAUGGUGGAAACAAAUAUGGUGACGACUACCACAAAUACGGAAAGGGAGGAUACGAUGACUAUUAUGGCAAAGAUUACAAGGAUGGAAGUAAAUACUACAAGGAUGGGCAUGGAUAUAAGAGUGGUGGAGGUGGCUACAAAAAAGGUGGCUACGGAGGCUAUAAUAAUCAUGGUGGUGGUGGAUACGGAGGACAUGGCGGUGGCCAUGGAGGAUAUGGUGGCGGUGGCUAUGGAGGGCAUGGUGGCGGUGGUUAUGGAGGAUAUGGUGGCGGUGGCCAUGGAGGAUAUGGUGGUGGUGGUGGUUAUGGAGGAUAUGGAAAAGGUGGUUAUGGGGGGUAA